UGCUUGUGCGGCCUUUACCGAUGCCUUCUUCCCCUCUUAGCACGCCAGAUUGCUGCCUAUGCCGCCUCACUUGCAAGGUGACACGACCAGUAUAAGGGAUGAGCUUCUUCUCUUUCUAUUUCUCUUCCCAGCUACCGUCUCAUUGCACGCAUCUCUUACCUUCAACCUCAAAUCAACCUACUUUUGUUAUUCCUAGUUGCUAUUGAUCCAAUAUUAGCUACCUAACCCACGUCUGACGCACCUCUAUCCACUUACAAGGAUCCCUAACCUUCACGGCCAAUCGCUUGAGUUUGUCGCCCCCUCCAACUUAAAACUUAGCCCCAUGCACUGUACUCCCCUACUACCUUAUAGUAACAGGCCAAAGCUAACCAAUGACAUGGCAGCUCAACGCCAGUCGCUUUAUGGACAGCAGACCGUCCAAUCCCGAACUCAACUUCGACGAUACCUUCCAGCUUGACGAUACGGACUGGCAAGGCCUUGUCGAUUUGGACAAUGAAGCACACAUACACCGCUCUGGCGAUGGGAGCUCUGGUCUGUCAGAUCAUCUCCCUGCUGGUCCUGGUGGUGCGAGCUUUCCUAUGAGCUACACCUUCUCUGGUGCUUCGUCGUAUGAGGAUGUGCCGACUUACUCAUGGUCGAUGCCUCCUCCGUUAACAAAUGCAAGUUCGUUUCAGACGUCGAACCAAGCAUCAUAUCAUUCCGCGAAUCUGCUCGAGGAUGAAAGCGUAUUCCCUGGCUACUUCAAUGUGAACAGUGCGCCUGGGUCCUUUGAUAACAACGAACUGGUCCUGCCGUCUCGUCCCAAGACGCCUGAAUUUACACCCGCUGAAAGACAUGCAGAAUCCACCCCGAUCAGCAUUCCACGGGCAACGCAGACCAAACAGCGACGUCGUCGAACAUCUUUCGGUGCCAGCUCCGCCUCAGCCCAGAAAUGGAUCCAGUACAAGCCCGACGAGGGCAAGACUGGACGUCUGGUGACCUUUUCUGCAAAUAGCCAUGGAGUUGUCCGGAAAAAUCGUGGCCGCACUGGUGGUCUUUCCCCAAUCGCGCGCAAGGAGGCAGCGGCUAUGCGUAUCAUCGGAGCCUGCGACUCAUGUCGCCGCCGCAAAGAGAAGGUGGGCUUCCUAACGUCACUCUCCAGCUCAUUUGGUCGACUUAUCCUUACUUAUCUUGUUGUCAGUGCGAUCCAGGAACACCAUGUAAGAGCUGUGUCGAGCACUUCAAAUGCGAUCUGCUUCUUCAGCCUUGUAGAGGCAGUUUCCUUGAGGACAUCGCUGGCGUCCUGCUUUCUAGUAGGUCUACUCUAUUCCAUUCGACUCUUUUCCUUCUCUUUAUUCAGUCACAUUUUCUUUCGAAGAAGUCCAGGACAAUAGUCCAGCAACACAGUAGAACCAAGGAACUGCUAUAAGUGACGUCAGAUGUGCUCUCUGGCGAUGCUCUGGUAGAGAGAUCUGCUUUAGUCGUAGCUGGACUAAUGUCCUGUCGAUACAUUCGAAGCAUUUUCCAUCUCCAACCAAACUGGACAUGUGCUUCGCUAUUCGUAUGUUCCAGUGCUUAGUGCUGAUCACUCCACUUGCAACUAGAUCAAUUGACCUGGCACCCCAGCCACCGCAGCCUUGAUCAGUUUCUUGGUCCUGGGACCUAUGUUGUUGCUCCUAAUGUUUACAUC